AUGGCCUCUUUACCUAGUCUUGGUAACCUAAGCCCUAAUGAUCAAGCUAUAGUUAAUAAAGAGAUGCAGGAUAUGCAGGUUAAUGAAUCGUUACAGACCUAUAAUGGUUUGGUAGAGCGUUGCUUCAGUGAAUGUAUACAGAACUUUAGAGCUAAGAAGUUGGAUUUCCAAGAGACUGAUUGUAUUAAACGAUGUGUUGGUAAGUAUAUGACGUAUUCUCAAAGAGUUGGUACAAGGUUUGCUGAGAAGAAUCAACAAGUAGCUCAAGAGCAACAACAACAAGCAGCAGCAGCAACAGCAGCUACUACCACCCAUCCUUAA